AUGGGGGGAGGUGAAAUAGCAGCAGCAGCAGAGGAAGAGGAUGAUGGACUGCAAAGAGCUGGUCCUGGUGGAGGAUGGCUCCAAGCCUUGCGAUUCCUCCAGAGAUUAACAAUACUGUGGUCCCCAAAGUUUCUAUCCACCUUCUUCUUUUCCUGUCACAUUUUCCCUUCCUCCCUGCAGUUUCUGGUUCUUAGGGGGCAUAUGGAGGGCAUGGGGACACUGGAGCCCCUCUCAAACCUCUCCUCUCUCACCAGAUUAGAAUUGUAUGAUUGUGGAGAGGAUCUGAAAUGUCAGGGCUUGUGGUCUCUCCUUACCACCGGGGGCCAGCUCAACGAAUUAGCUGUCAUGCACAGCCCUAGAUUCUUUGCUGAUUGGGAUCCCAAUCCCAGACGGGCUUUGGAAGAUGCUGAGGGAGGUGAAGAGCAGCAGGCACAGCUUGUUUCAUCCACACUGCGUGAGCUCAGGACAGAUGACGUGGCAGGACUUCUUGCUGCACCCGUCUGCAGCUUCCUCUCUUCCUCCCUCACCAAGCUGGAACUUAUUGGGAAUUGGUGUGAAGGGAUGGAGUGGUUCAGCAAGGAGCAAGAGGACGCCCUUCAACUCCUCUCCUCCCUCCAGGAACUAGUGUUUAAGUAUUUCGAGGACCUUCAACAACUCCCUGCAGGGCUGCGUAACCUUACCAGCCUCAAGAUAUUAGCAGUCAAGUUCUGUCCAGCCAUCUCGUCAUUGCCCAGCGAUGCCCUCUCGGAUUCACUGCAAAAGCUACAUGUCUACGGCUGCAGUGAGGAGCUGAAACAGCAGUGCAGGGGGCUGGAGGGAACCAUCCCCGAAAUCAAAGGACAUCAUUGACUACUGAUCCAAGGACGAUGCCUUGGAGUUCCCUUGUACAUUCUUCUAGCCUUGUAGAGCUCUUCCCUUCCCAUUCAAACACAUGCAUGACUGAUUGGCCCUGAUCUGGCUGUGGUGUUCCUUCCUGUACUUAAAUCUGGAUCUUCAGAAGAAUAAUCGGCAUAGCAUAUCAGUGCACGUGUGGAGCCAGUUCAGAUCAUAAGCAAUAGUAGCAGUCUCAAGUGAAUCGGGAUGUCGAUUAAUGCUGUGCCCACAACUAUUUACAUGUGAAACCUGCCGUGAUGGGACUGCAAGUACCUUGCCGUGAUGAAUCUCCUCGGAAGCAACAGAUUGAGUUUGCGGAAAGGUGUGGUUGACUGAGGCAGUCUUCUUCCACUGCAAUAGCCACACGCGAAUGGUGCUGUUCGGUGGAUGCAGUUUUAACUUCCAACUGUUCCUUGUGACAUCCUUGAUACCUUGCCCCUCAUUCUAUUCUUCCUCGGGCGCAGUGUACCAACCAAAUCCGUCCAAGCGCACACUGGCCGCCCAGGAAUUGCUGCAGAACACAUUGUCAAGUUGUUGCUGCAGAAAGAUUUUUCGAAGGUCAGUUUUGUGCAAGAAAAGUAUAAGGGUCAGGUUUAAAUAUUCAGAUCUGCUUCAUUUUACCUAAGCCCCAAAUACCACAAGAUGCAGCUUAUUAUCGAAAACUUGCACUGCAAAGGUGUGACGACUGGAGAAAGACCUGCUCCAUGACUCCAGCAGGGUGUGCUUAAAACACAGCAGAGGUUCAUUCAUGCGCGAGUCGGCUGCCAAGGAGGGUGAUGAGUUACUUGCAACUGGUCCCCGUAAUAUCUGAAGCCAUGCUAAGGAAGAAACAGCAGAAACACAGCCCAGGCUAGAAGAAGCAAUGAGUAGGUCCAUAUUGUGUGUACGAUGGAACAACGAGACUGCAUCUUCUAAAGAAAUCGACACUUGUCAUGUUGUUAACUGAAGAAAUCGACACCCAGCUGUUGGCGCCAAACCAGGCGCAGUGUCGACCAUCCGAUCUUCAUCUAACGGCGACUUACCGCCUCGCCCCGAGUUACCGGCUCUGAAGACUGGAGCUGUCGCUAUGGAAUUACCUACUGCGGUCUCCUUGUUGACCUGCCUUACACUAUUUGAAUUACCUUCUGCUGUCGCUAUUUGAAUUACCUUGUGCGUUAAAGGUUACCCUUUCCAGUGGUUGUAAUGGGUAUAAAGCCCCGGAUCUGAGAGCCCUGGGGCUCAUCUUCCUGAACUUGGCGCAUGUCCUAUAUUCGCUAUAUUUCUCUUGGGGUCAUCCUCUGAAUUCACCUACUUGGGUACUUCGUGUGAUCUGCGAGUGAUUUAGUUUUGUGAACUAGUUGUUCAGCGCUCCUGCUUACUGGAGCACAUGGCGUCGAUCAUCACCAGGAUGAUGUGAGGGAUUCACUUGCUGCUCAACUAUUUACAUCAGAAACUUGCCUAGCUAGUGAUGGAAGUGUAAGCUGCUCACUCUGACUGAUCUUGUACAGCCUCAGUUAUGAUGUUCCUUGGUUUUGUAGAUCAACCGCUCAAGGCUAGCGAAAGAAGUGGCUGUAGUUCGCCCAGUAUGCCUCCCAAGUCAUGCACCCAAUAUGUCGUGGCUCUCCACGGUGCUGACAUUGGCGUAUGGCACUUCUUGGCUCACUGUUGAGAGGAAUAUCAUGAUCAGGAAACUCAGGUUGCAGUCACGAGGCCAUACCAAGAUACAGUUUCCUGAGUCGGCGCCAGGGAAGGUGGUGAGUUGCAUUACAACAAGUCCGCGGAGGAAGAGUUAUAUAUGCAGAUACAGAUGCAAUAUGCUUGCUGGAUCCAUGCUCGGGGAGAAGAAGCUGACACAUUGGCUGGGCUAGCAGAAGUGUAGCCUGCAGCCAGGCGGUAUAUCUGAAGCAGACAUAUUCUUGCUGCAACAAGUGACGUCGCUCAGACUGACUUAAUUUGCUGCCAUGCCGAUGUAACAUGGAAUGGAAGGUACCCUUCCCUGCCUGCUGGCGAAAUGGUCAGCUUUGUUCUUGAGCCUGCUUAUCCAGUCAUGAUCCUGGGAGAUUUGUAAGCCGUUGUUGGCUUUAUGUGGAGAUGAGAAGACGUGGAGGGAAGCCACUAGCUGUUUGGCAAACACUAGCCGUUGUUUCAGUCGUUGAGAGGAUUCGAUGAGGUACUCCAGCAAUGGGUGUGCCUAAAACACCAGAGAGGAGAGCAUGCAUUCAUGCAAGGAUUGGCUCUCGAGGAGAGAGGGUGAUGAAUUGACUUGCAACAGGUCCAUGGAGUAAGAGUUAUGCAAAUAUGCCUGCUGGAGCCAUGCUAAGGAAGAAGAAGCAGAGCGAAACAUUGGCUAGGCUAGCAGAACAAUAGCCUGCUUAAAUAGACACAUACUUCACCUCAGUUACCAAUUUUCUCUCGCCGGUCUAAUUCAUGUACGUGUGUUGUUUCUUGUUACGGUGUCGUUGUGUGCAAGAAUGGAUUUGGGUGCUCUUGGUCCAUCACAAAAACAGAGCUUAAUUAGUUUCAGCGAUUGAUGCGAAGGUUGGCUGCAGUUCUUUCUUUCUUUGCAUCCAGAGAAUUUUACAGCUAUACCAUAUACGUACGUACGUAUGUAUGAGACGCAGAGUUUGGAAUUUAUUCCGUACCUGAUGAUGAAGUAUAUAUGAGUUGCAUUACA